AUGUGUGUCUCCGACCAUCAAGGAGAACGCUCGAUCAAGAAUCCCAAAAAUAACGGGGUCCAGUUCUCUCUUCCUAUUAGAGCAUCUGAGUCCCCUCCGGCUCCGAACCCUCAGCUUCCUCUUAUUAUUGAUAUAUGCACCACUCUCCCAACUGUGAUAACCGAGCGAGAGAGUCGAAAGUCUCUUGGGCGGUUAUCCGAUGAGUGUCAUCGGCACCAUAUAACCUUCUCCGGAGGUUUUGUUGGAGGCUUGAAUUCACAGUCGUGUCAAAACGCGAGGUUGAUUUCUUUUCAGCCAGUUCCAUUGACUUUAAUUAGCUGCAAACCUUACAUGCAGCGUUUUUCGGUUUCACGAAAGCUGGAUGAGACAUCAUUAGAGACCUCGAGAUAUAAUAUUGAUCCGCCAAAUGAGACUGGAAUCGGGGACUUCUAUAUCCCUUAG